AAUGUACAGUGUCACACAUGUGUACACAGUCCAUGUUGCCAUGCACACCAUGCUCCUGUGACAUACAUUUUCUCAUGGUCCUCUCCGACCACGUCGGUAUUUAUUUUAGACAACACGUGCUUUUGUGUUAGAGUCUCGUUCACGUUCACUUCUUUAUUUAGGCGCAGUAUAAACACCCCGGCUUUGUCCGCUGACCUUCAUGACAAUCUAGCAGUGAGUCGGGUCAGAGUGUGCCUUAGGCCUCUUGUAUAAGCUCGGACUCAGUCAGCUCAUUACGACGUGGGCCAGCAGCGUUCACCUUUCUUACCUGGCAGGUAAGAUGAGCUAUGGCUCACCUGUAAUCAAGCCGGGCAGAAACAGGAAGCAUUAAACAGGUAGACAGCAACAUGGACGCGCAGUGUUUACUGGGAGUUGGCGAUGUCGUCGACGAAGGAGCUCAGUAUGAAUGCUGUGGCAAGAACAGAAACGCAGCUCAAGGGAUCAAGAAGCGGAAACACAACCCUUUCCGCGUAUCAUACCUCUUCCUGAGAGAUGGUUUUAGAAACAGAGUGAUACGGGAAUGUGUGAGGUUUUGCAGCAUCUGUAUAACUGUGAGCAUGCUCUUCAUCGGUAUACAGAAGAAGGAGUUAUGUCCCUUUGAGCCGGCCAUUCCGGUGUUCCUGUUGGUCGACGGCAGCAUCCUGGCUCUACAUACGGGCAUCUCAGCUAUCCGACUGUGUGUGGAGAGAAAGAAGUGCAGUGACUCGGAUAUCAAUAGACUCGAUAACACGAGCAUCCUCCUGAAAAUACUAGUACUCUUCCUCGUCCUGUGGAACUUGGCAGGAUCAGUGUGGAUCUACAGUGUGGAGAAAAUAGUGCAAUUUCACGACUCCAUCAGGACCACCUAUUGUGACUUUACAGCGUAUUAUUUUGCAUUUGGCCUUGUGACGUCAGCAUACAUUGUUGUUGGACUCAUCAUUGUGUUUGUGUUACUGACUGUGACGUCAUUAUACAUAUACCAGACUUGCACAAGGACGUCAUUGCGCGGCAUACAGGACGGAGAGACGGACCACCCAGACAGUAUCACUCAUAUAUAAUCAAAAUUGGCAGUUAUCGCCACAUCAGUCAUCAUCGUCACGCGCAAUGUAAACGAUUUGUCAUCAGAGCCACAUUCACCCCCAUCCUCCACCCCCACCCCGCCAGCCCUUGCCAAGACUAUCAGUACAUGGUUGCCAAGGAAACCAGAGAUAACUUGUUUGGAGAAUAGUUGAAUUGUUACUUUAUGUAUGUAGAAAUGUAUUUUGUUCAUUUGUUUUUCAGGAAUUAUGUUGUAUAUACAAAUGUUCUGGUAAUAAAAUGAGUUGAUUAAUUUUUUCA